AUGCCACCUCUCACGCAUGAUUGCGGCAUCGAUGCUGAACCACUUUAUCGAUAUGAGCCAGGCGGCUACCAUCCUGUUGAAUUAGGUGAUAUCCUGAAGGAUGGAAGGUAUAAAGUUCUCCACAAGUUAGGAUGGGGUAGUUUUUCCACUACAUGGGCCGCAAAGGACCAAGAGAACACUUCCUACGUUGCAGUAAAAGUCAAAGUUUCUGAGGCUAAGGAUACCAGGGAACUUGACGUCUUGCAAGCAAUUUCUGCUCUACCCAAGCAUCAUCUUGGAUCAUCUCAUGUAAACCAGAUGUUGGACCACUUUACUCUUGGCGGUCCAAAUGGUUCCCAUGAGUGCCUGGUGUUGGAGCUUGUGGGACCCAGUGUUUCUGAUGCUAUUGAAUUUUAUUGCAAUAUCCAUCGGCUUCCUGUCAAGGUUGCGAAAAGUUUCGCGAAGCAGGCACUGCGUGGGCUUGACUUUCUCGUGGCUAACGAUAUCGCGCAUGGGGCCGUGCCAGAUCUUAAAUCUCUGAACGAAGAAGACUUCAUGGCAACACUCGGCAAGUUCUAG